AUGGCAGUUUUUGGUCUUUUGUCAGCGGUCGCUGGUUUUGUGAAAGUGAGGUUCCUAAUUGACAAGGCCAUAAUUGAUAAUAUGAUAUUCAGAGCUCAUUAUAGAAUCACAUCGGCAAUUUUAUUUGCUUGUUGCAUCAUGGUCACAGCCAAUAAUUUGAUUGGUGAUCCUAUCAACUGCAUUGCUGAUUCAGCAGUAACAGAGCAUGUAAUAAACACCUUUUGUUGGAUAACGUACACAUAUACUCUUCCAGACAAUGCAUUAAAACCAGUUGGUACUCAUGUAGCAGGGCCUGGGCUUGGAGCAGAUAUUGGAGAAAAAAAAUAUCAUUCAUAUUAUCAAUGGGUUCCCUUUUUACUGUUCUUACAAGGAAUACUCUUUUAUUUGCCUCACUGGAUGUGGAAGCAGUGGGAAGACGGCAAAAUUAGAAUGAUUUCUGAUGGCAUGCGUGGUCCACUUAUUGAAACUAAACAAGAACGUCAACAACGUACAUCACGACUUAUUCAGUACAUUCUUGAUACGUUACAUUUACACAACAGUUAUGCUGCUGGUUAUUUCUUCUGUGAGGCGUUGAAUUUUGUUAAUGUUGUUGGUAAUAUGUUCUUCAUUGAUACAUUCCUGGGUGGUGCUUUUCUGACAUAUGGAACAGAAGUUGUAAAAUUCAGCCAGAUGAAUCAAGACGAACGUAGUGAUCCAAUGGUUGAAAUAUUCCCACGCUUAACCAAGUGUACAUUCCACAAAUAUGGUGCUUCCGGAUCCAUACAAAAGCUAGACGCUCUUUGUGUGCUUGCUUUAAAUAUCAUUAAUGAAAAAAUAUUCAUAUUUUUGUGGUUUUGGUUCAUCAUUCUGGCUAUUAUGUCCGGUGUUGCAUUGCUAUACAGUAUGGCUGUUGUUUUAUUACCCAGUACAAGGGAAACCAUUCUUAAAAAACGAUUCAAGUUCAGCACAGCAUCCGGAGCUGGUAAUCUUGUUCGUGAAACACAAGUUGGAGAUUUCCUUUUACUUCAUUUGUUAGGUCAAAAUAUGAACAUGAUGGUUUUUAAUGAAGUACUGGAUGAAUUAUGCCGUCGUCUUCAUGUUGGUUCAAGCAGCGGUGCCUCACCGACUUCUGUACCGUCGGCACCUAGCACUUUAGAAAUGUCACCAAUUUAUCCGAAAAUGGAAAAGUUUCCAAAGGAUACCGAGAUUUAA